CGUCCGUCGCUACUCUACAUCCGGGCGCCCCGUCAGGUUUACCAGCCCUGCGAAGAUGGCGACUUCAGGGAGGAGUGCAUUAUUAUCCUCCACUGGACCCAAGAGCUCCGCGGACAACCCCCACCUGGAGGAGGAUGACGGCCAGGACCUGUGGUCCACCAUCCUGAGUGAAGUGUCAACCCAUUCAAGAUCCAAGCUACCGUCGGGGAGGAAUGUCCUGGUCAUGGGUGAGGUGGGCUCUGGGAAGACCACAUUGGUUGCAAAGCUGCAAGGGAUUGAAGAGUUCAUGAAAGGGCGUGGUCUGGAAUAUCUCUAUUUCAAUGUCCACGAUGAUGACGUUGAUGACCAAACUAGAUGUAAUGCAUGGGUGUUGGAUGGAGACCUUUACCACAAAGGUCUGCAGGGAGUAGCCAUUCCCCUGGACUCUAUUGAAAACACGUUGCUGCUCAUAACAGUUGACAUGUCACGGCCUUGGAACGCCCUGGACUCUCUCCAGAAGUGGGCAGCUGUUGCUAGGGAACACAUCGACAAACUCCGAAUUGCCCCGGAAAAGCUGCGGGAGAUGGAACACAGAAUCGUUAAACAGUUUCAGGAGUACACAGAGCCAGGCAGUGGAGAGGAUGGCACGCCGCAGAGGAGAAGUGAAGAGGAGGAGGGCGUGCUGCUGCCAUUAGGAGACAAUACACUAACGCACAAUCUGGGAAUACCAGUGGUGGUGGUCUGCACUAAGUGCGAUGCCAUCAGCACACUGGAGAAGGAGCACGACUACAGAGACGAACACCUGGACUUCAUCCAGUCCCACAUCAGACGUUUCUGUCUACAGUACGGCGCCUCUCUACUUUAUACAUCAGUGAAGGAGAUGAAAAACCUGGACAUCGUAUACAAAUAUCUUGUCCACAGGCUUUACGGCUUCCCCUUCCACUGCCCCGCCCAAGUAGUAGAAAGAGAUGCCGUCUUCAUUCCGUCAGGCUGGGACAAUGAGAAGAAGAUUGCCAUACUUCAUGAGAACUUCCAAACAGUGAAAGCAGACGACGGCUACGAGGAUGUAAUAGUCAAACCGCCAGUCAGAAAGAUUGUUCAUGAGAAGGAAAUUCAGGCUGAAGAUGAUCAAGUGUUUCUGUUAAAGCUGCAGACACUGCUUGCCAAACAACCCGCUGUGACAGCAGGACGGCCAGUGGACACCACUACCAGGGCGCCUACAGGUUCUCCAAGGACGAGUAAUCGCUCUGCAGCGGCCAACGUGGCAAACGCCAUGCCACAGUCGGGUCAGACCAGUGAAGGCGUGCUGGCCAACUUCUUCAACAGCCUACUGACAAAGAAAGCGGGUACAGGACCGGGGACACCAGGGGGUGGCAAUAACACUCCAGGAACUGUAAGGAAGUCAGGUUCCAAGCUGGGCCUGAGUGACGUCCAGGCAGAGCUGGACCGCAUAUCCAGUCGAGAAACUGACUCAGACUUGUCCAAUGCCAACGACACUCCUGCCACCGACGGCCAGGACACAUGAAGACCAACACUCCUUUCCUUCUUUUCCCCUCUCCACCUCAGUCACAGUUCGCCUCCCUUUUUCCCUUUACGUUCACUCUCCACUUCAUCAUAAGAGGUGGGGGAAAAUGGGUAAAUGGAGGGGUGGAUGUAAAAUUAUCUUUCCCCAUUAUCUUUCAUGUUCUUCUCGAGGAGAAGAACUUGCCAUCUUUCCCUAUGCCUUCCUUCACCCACACCUCGCUCCCAUCCCAAUCCUCUUUUUCCCCUGGCUGUUACACCAAGGACAAGUUUCUGUCACUGUUACAUGCAAGCAUAUGGGUAUAUGGGUGGGGAUGGGGAUGGGGAUGGGGGGGGUUGAGGUGUGAAUGUCGGAGAGAGAGGAAAUGAAAGAUCGGUAGAAGAAGAUUGACUGCAAAAAUGAAAGCGAGGGCGUUUUAUCCAUCCAUUUAUUGUGAUGGUAUAGUUAGUGUUUUUACUGUAGGACAUGCUGAGAGCGUCUGUUGAAGAAACUGCACUUAGGUCAUAUAGGGAUGAUUGUGUGUUUGUGAGGCAAGUCACACUUGACCGAAGUAUUAAGUAUAAAACAAAAGAGAAAAAGAAAAAUGCUGAACAAACAUACAGUCUUUUUUUUUAAGAUGAAGGGAAAAUCAUUACCAGUAUUUGUGUGCAUGUUUGUGUGUAUGCGUAUGUGUGUGUGCGCGCGUGCGUGUGUGUGUGUGUGUGAGAGCAACUGUAAGAAUGACACAGACAAGAGGAACAUUAGGGAAGUUUUUUUUCCACCUUAAACUAGUGUUGGGAAUUUUUGGCUGUUUGCAUUACAACCAAAAUGAUAAACACUACCAUGCUUAGACAUUACAAACUCCACCAUUGCAGCAGCCACAUCUGCUUGACUAUACACUACAUGACAAAAACUUCAUGAAAAAAAAUAUACUACAACGUCAAACUCAAGCACUAAGACUUGUUAUGGCACCCUUGUUGUAUAAUUGGCAUUUGAGACACAGCACUCAGCUCAGAGCCAUACAAGACAUUCAGUCAAGAAAAGACUUAAAGGAUGGGUGGAUAGCCGAGCUUUACUUGUACAGGGAAAAGCAUUAGUGAAUUAAGUUAAGUUACUGCUGGAAGGGUGGUGGACAGGAUGGGGGAGGGUGGGGGUCCGCACAUGGUUCACAUCAAGAAUGUACAGUCAUUGUCUCGCUGAUUGGUCCUGUUAUUUCAGAGCUCUGUGAUGGCGUUUGUAUAAUCAGAUCUGUCAAUCAGUCAAAUAAAAAGGCGUAUUUAUUCGGA